CUUCGGCCAACACAAAAGAUGAGACUUUACCACCGUGGAGUGGCUUUUUGCUCAAAGAGGAGGGGGAAACUCAGUAAGAUGUCGGAUAAGCGAAAUCUAAGAGAUCACAAACGUAGAUUGCUCGCGGCUAAAUAUGAAUUGAGACGAAAGCUUUAUAAAGCCUUUUGUCAAGAUCCCGAUCUUCCGUCUGAUAUGCGGGACAAACAUCGUUCGAAGUUGUCCAAGUUGCCAAGAAAGAGUUCCUUUGCACGAGUAAGAAACCGAUGUAUUUCCACGGGUCGCCCUCGUGGAAUACUUGAGUUCUUUCGCAUUUCUCGUAUAGUUUUUCGUGGAUUAGCAUCUCGAGGUCCUUUGAUGGGCAUAAAGAUGGAUCCGCAGCAGGAACAUCGUAAAAGAAUGGCAUGGGUUGCAGUUAUUGCGAUAUUGUUGUUGGAGUAUUACCGAUCUAGCCGUGUUCGCAUACCCCGCAUGCGUCCAACUUUGUUGGGGAUAUAUGGGUGGGUGAGAUGUUUUUUGGACAUCCAAUAA